UUGGGGAGGGCGGGGAUAUCCGGUGCCUCCCGGGUGCCAGGAGGAGGGGGGAGGGCGGAGAGGAUCUUCGGCCAGUCUGCGCCGAGCAGAUUCAAACCAAAACAAAAAGAUUAAAGGAGCAGAGGCCGGGGAGGCGGCGAUCCCGCGGCCGGGACCCCGGGGGUGGCGCGCCCGGGAACCGCGGGGGCUGCGCUGACUCCCUGCGCUGCGCGCGGCGGGGCAAGGAGGCGGGGGAGCGGGCGCCAGGCGUAGUGGGGAAGGGGGGGAGCCGAGGGGAGGGCGCGGGCCGGAGGAGGGGCGGACCCGCCCGCUCCGCCCGCCGCGCUGAGCCGAGCCGAGUGGAGCGGCCCGGGCUGGGCGCGACCCCGGCCAGCGGCGACGCAGAAAGCCGGCGGAGGCGCGGGCCAUGAUGCGGCUAGCGCUCGCCGGGGCCAGAGCCAUCGUGGACAUGUCCUACGCCCGCCACUUCCUGGACUUCCAGGGUUCGGCCAUCCCACGCGCCAUGCAGAAGCUAGUGGUGACCCGGCUGAGCCCCAACUUCCGCGAGGCCGUCACCUUGCGCCGCGACUGCCCGGUGCCACUCCCCGGGGACGGAGACCUCCUCGUCCGGAACCGGUGAGACCGGCGCGCGCCCCCCGCCCCGGCCCCGGACCCUGCCCGCUCUGCGCUGCUCUCGGGCGGUCCAGCGCCCGCCGGCGUCCCCACUCGGGCGUGCGCUGGGGCGCACUGCCUGACUUUGCGAGAUCCCUGGAAGUUGAACCCGCCGCCAUCUGGCGAAGGCAAAUGUAAUGUGACUGUUGCCGAGGUGAAUAUAAGAUGCCAGCGAACUUCCUCAUAACCGAGGGUUAUUUUAAUUUGGGAUUCCCCUCCCCUCCUCCCUCCUCCCCCUCCCGAUCCCGAAAUAAAACCGACGGGACCCAGAAGGGGAGGCUCCCCGCCCGGCCCACCCGCGCGCACCCACGGCUCCUGCGUUCACAUAAUCUUUAGGGUGGAGCGUGAACAGCCUGGACACAAACUGCGAAGUUUAGAUUUGUUGGUAUUAAUGCAUCUGACAUCAACUAUUCAGCUGGCCGAUAUGACCCUUCAGUCAAGAUCCCCUUUGACGUGGGUUUCGAAGGUGUUGGAGAGGUGGUGGCCUUAGGCCUCUCGGCCAGCGCCAAAUACUCAGUUGGCCAAGCUGUGGCUUACAUGGCACCUGGCUCUUUUGCCGAGUACACAGUGGUGCCUGCCAGGAUGGCCAUUCCAGUGCCGUCUGUGAAACCCGAGUAUCUCACCCUCCUGGUAAGUGGUACCACUGCCUACAUCAGCCUGAAAGAGCUGGGAGGACUGUCAGAAGGGAGAAAAGUUCUGGUGACGGCAGCAGCUGGGGGGACUGGCCAAUUUGCCGUCCAGCUGGCAAAGAAGGCCAAGUGCCACGUGAUCGGAACUUGCUCUUCGGAUGAAAAGGCUGCUUUUCUGAAAUCCCUUGGCUGUGAUCGUCCCAUCAACUAUAAUGCUGAGCAGGUGGGCGCCAUCCUCCAGCAGGAGUACCCCCGAGGUGUGGAUGUGGUGUACGAAUCCGUCGGGGGAGCCAUGUUUGACGUGGCUGUAAAGGCUCUGGCUAUCAAAGGGCGCUUGAUAGUGAUCGGCUUCCUCUCCGGCUACCAGACUCCUACUGGCCUUUUACCUGUGAAAGCGGAAACGUUGCCAGCCACAUUGCUGAAGAAAUCUGCCAGCAUCCAGGGCUUCUUCUUGAACCAUUACCUUCCUGAGUAUCAAGCCGCCAUGGACCACUUGCUUAAGAUGUACUCGGGUGGAGAGCUGGUUUGUGAGGUUGAUCUCGGACACCUGUCUGCAGAGGGCAGGUUUAUCGGCCUGGAGUCUGUAUUCCGGGCUGUCGAUUACAUGUACACGAGAAAAAACACUGGAAAAAUUGUAGUCGAAUUACCUCACUCUGUCAACAGUAAGCUGUAAAAACAGAACACUGGCAUAAAUAAAAGGAGAAAAAAAUGGGCAUUUUAUGCCCCAGACUUACUCAAAUC